ACCAUUUUCUUCUUCUUCUUCUUUUUUCACUUGGAAAUUUCUCUUAUUGAUUUUCUUUUUAAGGAGUUUUUAGUACUAUUUCUUGAUUUUUUUUAUCUUGAAAAUGUUAGGGAAAUUGUUGAGAAAGAAAAAAUGUGAAAUUUUAAUGGGUAUUUUUUAUUUUUUGACCAAAAUUGAUUGACCAAAAUCAAAUCCAAGUAGGAAAGGGAUUUUUGGGUAUAAUAGGAAAAGGGGUUUCGGGUGCAUUUGCUUCGUGUACUAAAUCCCCAAAUCGAUUGACCAAAAUUUUAUUUUGAUUUUAGCAUGAGAUAUUGUUGAAUAGACGGUAGUGUGAGAUAUUUUGUUCAUGUUGAAUAGAUGUUAUGGUGAUACACAGUUCCUAUUGAAUAGUUGUUGACAAGUCAACUAUAGAUAUCUCCGAGAACCCACUAAACAAUCUCUUCCCUUUACUCAAAUAUAGAGCAACCCCUGCUGCUCCUUACACUCUUCUUACUCUCAACUAUCGUCUUUCUUAGGUCUACCCAGAUCUGAUUGGUUGCAGCCAUUUUAUCAGCUUCCGCUCUUGAACAAGCUCUGCUCUGAGAGAAUGGUCUUAUUCAGUGUUUGGCAACAUCAACAUAACAUUUACCUAUUUGAAUUUACAUCUUCGCCGCCCCGACUGUCCAUCCAGUUGAUGGAUAAUGGAGGUGACAAGUUUGAAGUAGUUGUAGUUUCUAUAGAUCCUAAUUUUCCAGUUUAUCUGCACAAUGAUUAUUUCUCAGUUAAACAUGGGAAAAAAGAGUCUUCUGCAGUUAUGCUGAAGAGCAAAGUGAUGCAGCUAAUGGACUCAUUUCUCCUAUGGAUGCUAGGAGACCACGUAAUGAUAGUGAUCCUAAUGAUAGUCGUUGAUUUUGUUGCAACUUGUCUUGUAUAUUCAAUUAUGAUGUAAUUGUGUGGAUGAAGUGAAUCUUAGAAUAUUGAAUGUUUUGUGUUUAAAUUUGAUUUUGGAGUUUGAAGAUACUAGUUAAUGUGGAAAAUUUGGACUUUGAAGAUGUUAAUGUUGAAAAUUUAAUUUUGAAGUUUAAUA